UGAGAUAUUUUAUUGCAAAAUUCAUCAACUUUUAUUCUUUCAUCUUUUCCCGCAAAAUUUGGUCGAUUUCUCGAUCGUUGUUGUGCGCGAGGCCAAGAUACAGAAUUUUCCACCGAAGAUUUCACGUCGUGGUCUUAGAUCGGGACGUGUUUGACACCCAAGACGAUUAUCAUGUGUGCCUGGUUUCACGAUGAAUGAAUAUUGCAGUAUUUAGAAUUUUAUCUGCAAUCAGUUCAUCAGCACACGCAUCUGCUGAUCAUCUGCUUGUUCAUCCGUCUUACAGAAAUGUCCAUAGAUUACAGAAAUCAAGACUCUGUUCCAGGAUUCAAAGGGUUUUGAUGGAAGUAUAUCAUGGGUAUGGUUUAAACAGAAACAUUCUUCUUCACCCUGAAGAUGCCACCCAUGCACUAGAGCUGCUUCUUUUAAGUUCUAAUUCCACAAUUGCACUUGUAGCCAAUUUUGUCAUCAACAUAUAUCUACUCAUCAUCCUAUCUCUUAAGACAAUAUUUUUUGGGGAGCUUCAUGCAUUUGAAUCUCGGAAGCUGUUGGAGCAAUUGGUUAAUUAUGUUAUGUACAAGGGAAUGUUCCUUCCAUUGGUAGUCCCUCCAACAGUUAUUCAAGUUGGAUCAUGGUCAACAUGGUUGAUUGUAUUGAGCUCUUUGAAGAUGUUUCAAUCUUUAGCAAGGGAUCGCCUUCAAUCCUUGAAUUCAUCUCCUUCUGCAACUCCCCGAUCUUACUUUCGUGUUUACUGUGUUUUAUUACUGGUUAUCUCAGUUGAUGUGGUCUGGAUAAGAAUAUGUCUGCUUAUCUACCAUACAACACCAUCAUCUCUGGAUUUGUUAUUAUUCUUUGAGCCUCUCAGUAUUGCUUUUGAGACACUACAGGCUAUUUUAGCCCAUGGAUUUCAACUCCUUGAUAUAUGGAAAUAUCACUCAACAGGCACCUCUACAAAUUCCAAAAUGUCAAAACUUAUUGAUAUAUCAUCAGCAGGUGCAAUGUGGGAAUGGAAAAGUGUUUUAUCACGUAAUUUAGGGUUUUUACUGGAGAUGAUGAGUUUGCUAAUGGCUCUUGCUCAUUAUGUGCAUAUUUUAUGGCUUCAUGGUGUAAAUGUUCAUAUUCUUGAUGCAGUCAUUUUUCUAAAUAUACGUGCCUUAUUAAGUGCAAUUGUAAAACGUACAAAAGGAUUUAUUAAAUUACAAUUAGCUUUAGCCACCCUUAAUGGAGCUCUACCUGAUGCAACAUCUGCAGAGAUUAAGUCUUAUGAUGAUGAAUGUGCCAUUUGUCGUGAACCAAUGACUAAGGCUAAAAAGCUCACAUGCAAUCAUCUUUUUCAUCUUUCAUGCCUCAGAUCAUGGUUGGACCAAGGUCAAAGAGAGUAUUACUCAUGUCCCACAUGUCGAAAACCUCUUUUUGGAAAUAUUACACCGAAUACUGAAGAUAUUUCAAAUGAUGAGCAAAUUGCACGUGAAUUAAGCUCUGCACUUGAAUGGCAAAAUCCACAUGGACAUACUCAUACCACUCUAUCUUCAUGGAACUUCUGGCCUAUUAAUGCUUUUCAUGCCACGUCAUCAUCUUCUUCUUCUUCAAAUGCUCCUGUUCAUAAUCAUGCUCCCACAGUGGUUCCUGAUGAUUCUCUCAAUAGGGUUGGAUUACAUCUUACAUAUCAGGAUUUAAGACGUAUGGUUGAAAUGGCUGAAAUUGUUCGUGAAGUGCUUCCUCAUGUCCCUCGUAAUAUAAUCAUGCAGGAUUUAGAGCGAACAAUGUCAGCUUCUGUUACUGUGAAUAAUCUUCUUCAAAUGUAAUACCAUA